ACCCGUCAGGAAGGACAUAAACAAAACAAACCCGAGGCAGCAUGGAGAGGGGCCGCGGCCCCUGCAGUGGAACCGGACCCAGCCCCUGAGCGGCCCCCUCACUUACAGAAUCGCACAGAAUUAUUAAAACAGUGACCCAAGCAAUUGAGUUGAAGGCAUUCUGAGGAAACCUGCUAUUUAUUGUGAAAAUCAUCUUUGAUUUUGGAAUAAAAAAUAAAGCUGGAAAGGAAUUUACAGACGAAAAAAAGAAGUUUGAAAUUGGACUCACAGGAUCUGGGCUUGGAAAUGCCUCAGCCUAGCGUCAGCGGAAUGGACCCACCUUUUGGGGAUGCCUUUCGAAGCCACGCCUUUUCAGAGCAGACUCUGAUGAGCACAGAUCUCUUAGCAAACAGUUCUGAUCCAGAUUUCAUGUAUGAACUGGAUAGAGAGAUGAACUAUCAACAGAAUCCUAGAGACAACUUACUUUCUUUGGAGGACUGCAAGGACAUUGAAAAUCUGGAGUCCUUCACAGAUGUUCUGGAUAAUGAGGGUGCUUUAGCCUCAAACUGGGAGCAGUGGGAUACAUACUGUGAAGACUUAACCAAGUACACCAAACUAACCAGCUGUGACAUCUGGGGAACAAAAGAAGUGGAUUACUUGGGUCUUGAUGACUUCUCUAGCCCUUACCAAGAUGAAGAGGUCAUAAGUAAAACUCCAACUUUGGCCCAGCUUAAUAGUGAGGACUCUCAGUCUGUUUCUGAUUCCCUUUAUUAUCCUGAUUCACUUUUCAGUAUCAAACAAAAUCCCUUACCCUCUUCAUUCCCUGGUAAAAAGAUCACAAGCAGAGCAGCUGCCCCUGUGUGUUCUUCAAAGACUCUUCAGGCUGAGGUUCCUUUGUYAGACUGUGUCCAAAAAGCAAGUAARCCCACUUCAAGCACACAAAUCAUGGUGAAGACCAACAUGUAUCAUAACGAAAAGGUGAACUUUCAUGUUGAAUGUAAAGACUAUGUAAAAAAGGCAAAGGUAAAGAUCAGCCCCGUGCAACAGAGCCGGUCCUUCCUGAGCCAGGCGCAUGCAGAUGCUGCGAAGGAGAACAUGUGCUACUGUGGUGCCGUGGCAAAGAGGCCAGAGAAAAAGGGGUUGGAACCUCUCCAGGGCCAUGCCACCCCCACCUUGCCCUUCAAAGAAACCCAGGAACUAUUACUUAGUCCCCUGCCCCAGGAAGGUCCAGGGUCGGUUGCCACAGGAGAGAGUAGUAGCCUUUCUGCCAGCACGUCGGUCUCAGAUUCAUCCCAGAAAAAAGAAGAGCACAAUUACUCUCUUUUUGUCUCUGACAACUUGGGAGAACAGCCUACCAAAUGCAGUCCUGAAGAAGAGGAGGAUGACGAGGAGGAUGUUGAYGAUGAGGACCAUGACGAAGGGUUUGGCAGCGAGCAUGAACUUUCUGAAAAUGAGGAGGAAGAGGAGGAGGAAGAGGAUUACGAAGAUGACAAAGAUGAUGAUAUUAGUGACACUUUCUCUGAACCAGGCUAUGAAAAUGAUUCUGUAGAAGACUUGAAGGAAAUGACUUCAAUAUCCUCUCGGAAGAGAGGCAAAAGGAGGUACUUCUGGGAGUAUAGUGAACAGCUGACACCAUCACAGCAAGAGAGGAUUCUGAGGCCGUCCGAAUGGAGCCGAGAUACCUUGCCAAGUAAUAUGUAUCAGAAAAAUGGCUUACAUCAUGGGAAAUAUGCAGUAAAGAAGUCGCGGAGAACUGAUGUGGAAGACUUGACUCCAAAUCCUAAAAAACUACUCCAAAUAGGCAAUGAGCUGAGGAAACUGAACAAGGUGAUUAGUGACCUGACUCCAGUCAGUGAGCUGCCCUUAACAGCCCGGCCAAGGUCAAGAAAGGAGAAGAAUAAGCUGGCUUCCAGAGCUUGUCGGUUAAAGAAAAAAGCCCAGUAUGAAGCUAAUAAAGUGAAAUUAUGGGGCCUCAACACUGAAUAUGAUAAUUUAUUGUUUGUCAUCAAUUCCAUCAAGCAAGAGAUUGUAAACCGGGUACAGAAUCCAAGAGAGGAGAGAGGACCCAACAUGGGGCAGAAGCUUGAAAUCCUCAUUAAAGAUACUCUUGGUCUCCCUGUCGCUGGGCAAACCUCAGAAUUUGUUAACCAAGUGUUAGAGAAGACUGCAGAGGGCAACCCCACCGGAGGCCUUGUAGGACUAAGGAUUCCAACAUCAAAAGUGUAAUCAGCCCCGUUGGACCACUGGUCAGAAAUGUCUGUUUUUGUCACAUUAUCCAUUGUAAAUUUCAUUCUGUUUUGCAUGUCAGUUAGCAUUAUGUAAACAUUUAUAAUUAGGUUACAUUGUUUUAAGAACUUGUAGCAUAAGUGAAGCAUGAUCCAAAAUACUUGAUUAUUGCAUUUUCAGAGCGUAAACCAUGGUUAAUCGGCUACUGGCAUUAGAAUUGAAACACACGUGCAGAAUGCAAACACCCGUCAGAGCAGAACAUUGUGGAGGUAGGAGCGUGUUCAUCUGAUGCCCAGCGUGGUGCCAGGCUGUGCUCUGCACCACAUAAAAUAUUGAGGAAGCAUUUUUUAAGCAGUCCGUUAGAUUGUUUUUAGAAUUCUGCUUUUUGUUCUAAUUUUCCACAACCAUAAAUCUCACUUGUACAUGGCACACCCAGCACUCACACCARUGUGCCAUGUUAGAUGUUCAUUUUCAGAGCCCAACAUGAUAUAUAUAAUAUAUAUAGAUAUAUAUAUAUAUAUACGUAAAUAUAUACGUGUCUGUGCAAGUAAGAAAAAAAGCAUAUUCUUUGUGCCUUGUAUUUUGGGGAAACUAUAAAACUGGUAAUAUUUUGUAUGAUGAAAACCCUAAUGAGGAAAAAUAAGAUAUAUAGAUGGAAAAAUUAUGGGGUUUAAAUGUUUUUUUGUUCCAACUCUUUUUCAGAUUUUUUGAAUGUAUAUAGGACUAUGUUGAAAUGUAGAUAUAUGCCACAGAGUCUGUGUAUUGUAUAAAAAACAAAACAAAAAAAUAACAAAAAAAAGAUGGCUCUAGAAAAACUCAUAUUUCGGUACUUGACCGGAAGAAGACAAAUACUUGCACAUUAUUGCGAUUGUUUUAUUUUUUGUACCAAAGACAAAUGCAACUGAUAUGGCAAACUGCCAGUCUAAGUAAAGUUUUGCACAGCUUACAUGAUACUGUAUGAAUGUAUGAAAAAAAGGAGAAAAAAAAGAAAAAAUUAAAAGGUCAGGGUUAGGGAUCUUAUUGAACUGUGAAUUUUAUUUCUGUUUGGGUCCAAUUAUCUACAGAAGGAGCAUCCAUACAUACAAAUGUUAUUUUGCUGUUCCUCUAGUUCGCUUCCAUAGUAGAUAAGUUGGUGGCCAUUUAGGUAUCUGUAAGUCUUUUAUUUCUGCACUUAUUGUAGGAAAUUUUAAUAUAUUUCAUUUUAGUAAGCUAUUGAUAAAAUAGUUUUUGACUUUGAAAAUUAAAGUUUAUUUAGCUUAUUGUAGUAUACUUCCACCAAACAACCAAAAUACAGAUUAUUUUUAUUGUAUUAUGUAUAUAUGUGUAAAGAAAGAAAAAAGCUAAAAAUAUCUAAUUCUUUAGUUGCCACUUUUCCAAUUGAUGUAUUAUUGUGCAUGUAAUAUUUUCAAAGAUCAACACAAGCUUAAAACAAACAAAAAAUUUAUAGAUUUUUAUAUUUUUGUACAGGUAUUUUCAGACUAGCUUCUUCAGACUUACAUGUGACUUAUUCUUCUAUCGUUUCUAGAAUUGAGAAACAUUAACACAUUUAGUUUUUAGGUGCUCUUUUUUGCUCACAUAAAACGGCUUCACUAGUCAGUGUUUUAACUGUUCAAGCUUUACCUCUUGAAAAAUCUCUUCUAUCCAAGGCAGCAUUAUACCCUUCCCCACAGAUCUUUCCCUUCUGUCUCUCAGACUGUUCUAUUCUCAAAUUUUGCUUUUGGAACUCUGAAAACUGGUGGCUUAAACACUAUAUUUAAAAGAAAAAAAAACAAACAUUUAGCAAAAAAAAAAAAACAAAAACAAAAAUAAAUAAAAAUUAAAAACCAAAAAUUAAAAAAGCCUGAAAAUUUCAGACCUACCUACUGAAAAAGAAUCGUUUUCUUCAUUACCUGUAAUAGACUAUAUUCCUUCAUUAUACUUUGUCUCUCUGGUACAUUUCCUUUUCUUCCACUCCCUCACCUUCCCCAUUUGUAAGCUCUGGCACACGAGGGUUCCAUUCUGCAACAUACAAUGACAGCCUGCUCUGUUGCUUGCUCGCUUCUUUGACACCAUGAAACAUAUGAAGCUGGGAAGGACUGUCUGACACUUUAGCUGGACUGUGGUGCACAAGAUUUUCCUGCGUUUGGUGAAAAUGCACCUCGCUAGUGCGUUCAUGCGAAGCAGAUGAUGAACUCAAGUCCAUAGAAUGUGAGUUCAUCGUGUGGGGUUUUUCCUUUUAGGUGGGAGAAGGCAAAGCACAGGUUUGCAACUUGGAGGUAUAUGAAGUCUUGACAGAGUGUGUCUGGUAAAUUGACCAGACAUAUUUUGUUCCAAAAUAUGGCAGUUUUGCAGUCAGUAAAAAUUGCUUCAUGAUAGCGAUUUAUCUGGCAAGGUUUAUAAAAUUGCCCCUUUCUAGCUGCUCUCUUAGGAAUUCUGGUUUUUGAUACUUUUUUCCUGUCUGCAAACCAGAAUUUGAUUUUUUGGUCUUGCAUUUCAAAAAAAAAAAAAAAAAAGAAUAAAAAAAAAAAGACUGAAUCUGUUUAGUAGAUUCCAUAUCCUUGCAUUUCAGUGUUUUAUAUGUACUACUUAAGUUAAAUAGUUAAAAGCUUUUAAAUAGUUGAGCUUUUUAAUGUUGACACUUUAUUUUGUACCUAUUUAUAUUUGUAUGUAUAUCUUAGAAAAGCACUUUGUUAAAAAAAUUGCAUUUUAUAUGAUUCCUGCCAUUUGCUGCUAAAUCUGGGCUGGUCAGAAUGCUGCAGCGAUACUUGAUCUAAAUAAAAACCUGGCAGUAAAAUGUAGAGUGAAAGUUAAAUCCUCUUGCUGUUUUAACUUUAUCAUAAAGAUGACAUAGGCAAGCUGUGCAGCUUUACAUUUUAACCAGGGGACUCUGUGGCAUUUAAACCGUCUAGAAAUGGUUGUACUUUAAUGCCAGUAAUAAUCUGCUUCCUCUAUUGUCAUUAAAAUAUGUAUGUUUAGUGUAUCACACAAACCAAUCUUAUAAGGUAAUGUAAAAACCCCAACAGUUGUACAUGUUCUGUUUUUGAAAAUUGUGGCGUGUAUUUUUGGGUGAAGAUCAUUAGAGAAGAUCUCUCUAAAGGUUUUCUGUGCUCAUACAUGGUAUACAGAUUGCUCAUAAUGAAGUCCAGAAUCUUACUUUAAGUGAAGGCAUUGUGAAUUCACCUCAAAUAAACCCAUUGUUCCAAAAGCAAUGAUAAACGUUGACUCUAGUACUAUUAUGAUUUUCAGAAAAAAACAAAAACAAAAACAACUUUCUUCCUAGUUUCAGAUACACUGGAUUCUUUACUGAAUUUGUCUCCAUGAAAGCAUGCUGUCCAGUUGCUCUUGUUAAGAUACUGUCUGCGUGUUGAGUUGGGUGCCACACCUCCUCAGUCAGUACAAUUGCUUGUUCUGCUGCACCAUGUAGGAUUCUUGUCCUUUCCUCUGCCCUCCAUGACAGAUUAUGAUGUGGCUUUAUAUUGUGCCUUACUUGUACAUUUACAACUCCAUGUCUCCAUUCCCUUCCACUUCCUAGACUUUUGACCUUUUUGGUAAGAGAAUCUGAGCUGUUACAAAAGCAUCAUGAAGGAUUUUCAGAUGGGUAUGGUUUCAUAUUCCCUCUCUUUAUAGUUAUUUUAUAUUUGUAUGAAAGACCAAUUUUAAAUGGUCUUUGAAUAAGAGAGGAAAAGGGUAGCAGUAACUUCACUACAUCCCCUUCCUCUGACUUUCAUGGAUUUYUCAUACAUCUUCUUUCUGAUGCUUGACUUUAUUUGCRUCUCAGCAAUAGUCUGCAUUUAGAAAAAGGUGUAUUCAGUUCAUCUGCUUUCAUUUUCCAGACUUUUUAGGAGAAGAGUUCCCAUUUUGUUUGUUUUAUACAACAGAUGACAAGUCUCUUUAAAAGAAACAGAAGAACAGUACUUUUGAAAUACAAUGCUGUUAGUUUGGAUUUCUUUUUUAUAUAUAUAAUAUUCAUACAGUUAUAUGAUGUUUGCCUUCAUUAAUAAAGCUGUUAGUUUAUUCACCAAAA